AUGCAAGACGCAUGUUUUCCGGCCCGGCAGAUGAUGGAGGCCUUGCUGGAAAAGUUUGCAAUUUACCCCGAUGUGCUCGGGGCCGUUGCCAGAGCCUCAAAUGACACAAUGAGGCAAUCGCACCUGCCAGCUGCUUUGGAUUUUGCGGAGGCGUUACCCAAACUUGGAGCUACAGCAGCUACACGAUUAUUUGUGAAAGAGCAGCUUCUGCAAGCAUACCAUGUGGAUUGGAAAAAGUAUGCUGCUCAAUGGAAAAGUCGCAGAGACAGGCUGACUGGCUUGCUUGAGCAACACAACAACACAGUUCGAGCUGCAGCACGCCUCACCCGGCCUGACGACGACUGCCUUGAUCCGCAAAAGCUACCACGUAUGACAGAGUUUCUUGCAGAGGUGAUGCGUGUUCAGUUGGCCGGCUAUUGCGGUGAGAGGAACCACUGCGACCCAUAUGUUCUGUCAAAGUACCUGAAGGCAUUGCGAUCGGUGCGCAGCUCCAUCAUGCAGGAGCUGAAGGAGAUGAGUCCGCAGAACAAGCGGGUGGCUGUUGGCAUGCUAGCAGUGCACCUCUCAUUGCCUGCACUCCGCUUCCAUGACUCUGGAUGUUGCAAACCACACACUCAAUUCACCGAUCCGUGUUGCGAAGCGUGUCUUGCGCGUGCAAAAGCGAGCUUUGAGAAGAAAGCAGGUGAGUCUGGCCUUUUGUCUUGGUUUCCCCGUCCUGCAGAAUCCGUUGACAUCGCUGCCAAAUUGAAGAACAUGGCUCCUCAGAUCACCUACUUGCUAUCCCACAUGAGAAGUGGCUGGUGGGAUCCUGACUUGACGGCUCGCGAGAUCCUAUUUCAGGAAAAGAUCUUCAACAAGAGCUUCUUCCGGCAGCUGCAGGAUUGCGAGGAAUGCGCACAGGUUCUCGAGCUUUCUGUGGUCGAGGAGGAGAAGCAGAAAUGCCGCGCAGUUCGUGACCUGCGCAACUUAUUGACCGGAAGUGUCAACUCCAAUGAGUUGAAGAUGCCCAGGAUGCAGCCUUUCUUGGAUGAGCUAAAGAUUGGGCUGUUGGAUGCAAAUCUUCUCGCAGCCAUUUCGUCGAAAGAUGAGCACAUCAGCUGGGGCGAGACAGACUUCGUCAAGAAGGCGAUAGGUGAUAUUCUCAGCGCGACGAGGCACUAUGCCAUUUCCAACCAACCCGCUCUGCAUCGCUCUGCCCGAUGA